AUGGCUUUCGUGUUCGCUGUACCUCGCGUGACGUUACACAGAACCAGUCUGCCAAGGCGGUUUCCGGGUUGCGCGCCUCGAGCAAAGUGCACGCCGUACCAGCAGUUGCUGCGAAAACCGACCAAGGAGCCGCUGGCCCGCAGCUGGCGCUGUUCAGCAGCAAACGCCUCGAAACCGCCGACCGGGUCACCAGAGGUCUUCGAAAAGCUCUUCGUACCCGUGCAUGAUAUCGAUGAGUGUUGCAUUGACAGAAGGCUCUUGGAACCCUACAGUCUCCAGAAACAGUCUGCUUUUGACGCCGAAUACCGGACUGCGGAAGAGCUUUCGCUACCAGGCGCCCAGUCGACGUUCCGGGUAUUUCUGCGGUACUUACAAGCACUGUUUCGCCACGAACCUGAUCUGCCCCGCCGAUUUAUGAUUGCCCUGGUCCUUAUGGUGCUGUCGAAAGUGCUGCUAGUCUGUGUGCCGUUUCUAUUCAAGCGUGGUAUCGAUGCACUGAGCAGUGGGGCGGCAACCGGAGAGCGCUGGGCACUCAUUGCGAUUAUCCUCUUCUGCAUGCAUGGCAUGCUGCGAACGCUAGGCAACGUCCUGCAUGAGUUGCGGAGCAUUGUCUUCAUUCGUGCUGCGCAGCGCAUAGGUCGACAGAUCUCGCGUGCGACGUUCAAGCACCUCCUGGAGCUGGAUCAUUCGUUUCUGUUGACGGCCAAAGUCGGCCAGGUCACGGCUAUUGUGAAUCGUGGCACCCGCUCGGUGAUGACGCUUUUUCGAGCGCUCUUCUUGAGUUUUCUGCCGUCGAUGUUCGAGUUGUUGCUGGUGUGCGUGAUCAUGGCAACGCGGUUAAGCUGGAGUAUGAGCGCAGCCACGCUGGCCUUCUUUGUAUUUUACGUGCUCUUCACGCUGCGGGUGAAUCGAUCUUUCAUUCCUAUUCGGCGGCGCUUGAAUGACUUGGAUAAUGAGGCCAACGCCAAGGCCACUGACUCGCUGAUGAACUUUGAUACAGUGAAAUACUUUGACCGAGCUAAUUUUGAGACUGUCCGUUUCGACAAGGUUCUUGCUGCGUACGAGGAGUGUGCCGUACGCAACGAGGGCAUGUAUGCGCUCCUGAAUGCAGGGCAGGCGACGAUCUUCAACGUCGCCUAUGCUAUGAUCAAUGCUUUCGGCGCCUGGGGUGUUGUCCAGCAGGCGCUCACCGUCGGUGACCUCGUCAUGGCUGGAUCGCUGUUCCAGCAACUCAGCGUGCCGCUGCAGUUCCUCGGAUGGCAAACGCGGGAGCUCAAAGCCGCUCUUGUCGACUUGGAGAAUCUAUUCGAUUUGUUACGAAGGCGACCUACUGUCUGCGAUGCUGCUGACGCAGUCGAGCUGGAACUGCGUCAAGGCGGCGAGAUCCGCUUCGAGCGUGUGAGCUUCGCCUAUCCCGAACCGGUAACUGGUCAGCUGCGUCCUGUUUUAUCCGAUAUUAGUUUCCGAGUGCCACCGGGGAAGAAGACGGCUAUCGUCGGCGGAAGCGGCGGCGGCAAGUCGACCAUCCUACGUCUCCUGUACCGCCUAUACGAUGCAACAGAGGGCAAUAUCCUGAUUGAUGGUCAAUCGAUUCGCAAUAUUCGCCAGUCGUCGUUGCGGGCAGCGAUCGGGUUCAUUCCACAGGAGGCAGCUCUUUUUAACGACACGAUAUUUUACAACAUCGCCUACGGCAACGUAACCGCGAGCAAGACGGAGGUAGAGGAGGCCGCCCGCCUUGCCAAAAUUGACGAGACGAUUCGUGCGAUGCCCGACCAGUACGAUACGCUAGUCGGCGAGCGCGGCAUUCGCCUCAGCGGUGGUGAGAAACAACGGGUAGCAAUUGCACGAGCGAUCCUCCGGAACCCGCGGAUUCUCUGUUUGGAUGAAGCAACUUCGGCGCUUGACUCGAAAACCGAACGCGAGAUAACAGCUGCGUUGGAUGAGCUGGGCCAAAAUCGAACGGUUUUGGUCGUUGCUCAUCGACUCGCAACAAUCGUCAACGCCGAUGAGAUUCUGGUGCUACACCAAGGCCGUAUUGUGGAGCGAGGCACGCACACAGCGCUUCUCGCGCUGAAUGGGCACUAUGCAGAUAUGUGGCGACGACAGACGGAGCACGCUCUCGAUGACCAGGAUGCACCGACAAAUGGUAGUGUAUUCGCGCAUCCUGCACCAGCAACACCGGGGUUUGUCUCAGCUUUUGCCGUCGAUGCCGAAGAAGUGGAUGCCGUAUUGGAUGGGCAGCAUGCGUAA